AUGCUCAAAGGAAAUCCACCAAGUCAGUCCCAUCCAUGGGAGAGGCUGCAGCCACCAUCGCGCGUUUGUCAAGAAAUCCGCAUCCCGCCUUUCCAGAAGAACUCCUCGGCGGCGGCAUCCCCAGUCUCCAGAAGCGCUGAUCGUCAGUUAAAUAUGACGUGGGGAGAGCAAUUGCCGCUGCCGUUCUGUCCCCCUCUGCCCGUGCCCGUGCCAGUGCCAGUGCUCCUGCCUGCCGCGACAGCCCUACCAGAAGGAUCAGCAGAGACAGGAUACGAGGACGCGUUCCUGGAGUUUUCCAGUUGGCGUUGGCGAAGCGAGGAGGACACUGACGGCGCAGCAUCACCACCACGUACCGGCACCGCUUCGUCGAGUCCUCUCCACCACGACAGUGGAAAUGCGACUGUCAUGACACCGCAGACGGGUAGUAGUUACGUGAUGGUACACAAGAGAGCUCAUUCCAACGGUUCGUCGACGGGGGGAUCCGAUCAUCAGGGGGGGUAUUCCGUACCGAGAAGCCAAGGGUCAGUGGGCGAGUGGGCGAACGGUGGAGAGAUGGAGGUGGAGGAGGACAACUAUCAGCCUCAUGAUCCGAAUACCAUUCUGUUCAGCAUGUAUGGACCAGGUAUGUGUUCUUUUUUUCUUACGUAUCCGAAAGCUUCAUAGAUGGAGAAAGCGCUCACUCUCACUUUCAUCGACGACUCCAUGAGAGAUGAGACUACCGACAGACAGACAGCCAUCCAAACAUUCUGACCAAAAUGAUCUAGUACCCUCCCCCAUCCACAAUCCAUAUUCGCCGGAUCCAACAGGCGUGAGUAUUUAUGGAGAUAGUCCAGCCUCCCACGAGUAUGGGCUGCAUAUGCAGCAAAACGCCUCAUCUAUAAACCAUUCAGGCGCGCUGGUUCCAAACAUGGCCUUAUCACCCCGAACCUCAUUCUUCAUUCAUGAGGGUCCCGAGAGUCCGUGGACUCAUAUGCAGCCAUCCCGAGUCCCCACCGAAGGGUAUGAACCAAGAUAUGUCGCCUUCGUCCCAUCUCCAGAGCCAGCCGCCAAACCGGUCCCCGGGGAGCUGCAAAAUGUGGCUGCCUCCUUUCAGAUCAUUGAGUAUUCCGAAGGCCAAAGUAAGUCGUCGAAGAAAAAUGAUCGAAAACCGGAUCGGAAAAGUCGUCCCCCGCGACUGCCGGCGAAGGCGAAGGGCAAGAAACCCAUCAAUCAUACGUGGGAACAUCAUUCUGUCGUGCAACAGGAUGGGUUUGCACUCUUGACGAAACCGCAGGAGCAAGCCAAAGUACGACACGGUGUCAGGAAAGGGAAGUUGGAUCCGGAUGCUGCGGAGAAGGCGCGGAAGGUUCGAAAAUUAACGGCUUGUUGGAACUGUUGGAUCCAGAAAGUUCCCGUGAGUCCAAUUUCAUCUCUGUCCGCGGUUAGGAAAUGGAUGGAACUGAUGAGGGAAUUAGUGCUCGAUUGGGAAACCGUGUGAGAGAUGCAAGAGACAGUUCUCGCCCUUGGGGACUCAGGUUUGUAACCGGUCACACUUCAAGGACUAUCAGCCAAUCUUCUACCCAGGUACCCUUCCUCUCCCAAUUCUUUGAUAACUGGCUGGUUGGAUGUCUGGCUCACCGUUUCAUCAGAGUACCUACAUUCGCACUUCAAGAAGCGCAAGAUCGAAGAGCUACUCAGUGACCACACGAACGGCUUCGACGACAAGGUUCUCGAAGUAGCCGUCCACGCGGGCGUAUGUUUCAAGCCACUCGUGCUGGUGGUGAAUCUCUUCCGCGUGAAGGGGUUCGACCUAGUACAACAACAUCGCUUAACCGUCAACCGAGAACCGCAAUACGGUGGACUUGUACUUCAGGAUAGUGCUCCGAUAGGCCUAUUCGGUCUGUCCAUGUCGGAGUUGAAGGAUAAGUGUAAAGAGCAUAUCGAGGAGAUGAUCGAGAAUCCGUAUUAUGUUAUGCAAGUCACGGCUGCAGAGCCCACUCGGAUUCCCUACGUGAUAUUACUCGCAGCUCAACAAUACAACACCACAGCAGUAAGUCCAUUCUCCACCAACACAAUAGUAAAGAAGACAAACAACUAACUCAACUCAACUCAACCAGGGCCCUCUCAUCUCCCAAGCCCUAAUGCUCCACGGAAUCCACUACUACAUGAAAUCCUUCAUCACCCUCACCGAAGACUCCGCCAGGAGCGUCUACCCCGCCAUGGCCAUGCUCGGCGCCCAACGCGCACAAUACGUCUCCUCGCGCCUGCUCAACCGCCAAAUCAAAUACGCCAUGCACAAACUCAGCCGCGAGAUCACCAUCUCCGUCCUCGAAGGCCUUGAACGCACGAUGCGCACGCGCACGCGCGACUCCUGGGGCGUGGCCUUCUGCGCCUUCCUCGUGCUCUGUCUGUGUAUGGAGGGUCUGCAGAUCGCGUCGGAUACGUAUGUGGUGUGUGAUAUGAAGAAGGCGGGGGGGUCGGCGUAUUCAAGGAGUGAGAGUUGGGCGGCGUGUCGGGAGAUUGAUGAGUUGCCUUUUAGGCAGUGUAUGAAGUUAUUUCAUGAUAUUUAUCGGUCGCAUCGGGAGGCGCAGAGGGGGAGGGAGGCGGGGUUUAAUCCGUUGAGUGGGUUGGCGACAGGGGGGGGGACGGGGUUGGAUCAUGAGGCGGAUGUGAUGGUGAGGUCGAUUUAUGAGAUGAUUAGUACUUCGUGUAAGAAAGAGCACUACCUACUCUCCCAUUCCAUUCCAUUCCAUUCUGUAAAUAGAUGAUUGACUGACUGACUGACUGACUGACUGACUGACUGACUGACUGACUGAUUGGUUUUACAUACAGACUCAGAAAUCAUCACGCUCUCCAAUAAUCCACUUCUCGUCAGUGCCCCCAACCCGAAUUUCGACUACGACUUCGAUCCCAAACUUAUCAAAGCCAAUGGUGCGGGACGUUUGGUCGCCAUCUUCUUGAGAAGUUUCUUUCCUCCUGAUUGGAGCCCGCCUAUCUAAGAUGGUGUGGGCAUCGAAGCAUGAAAGAAAUGGUUUACCCAUCGAAGCAUGAAAGAUAUGUUCUACACUUCAACACGUGGCGGAGAUGAAAAAAACGCAUUUGUACUUUUUGCGAAUCCUACGGUUCAUUUGUAUGUAUUCUGAGGAAUAGGAAUAGCGUGGCGUGGCGUGUGGUGUUUGUUGGUGGGUAUAUGAUAUGAUAUGAUAUUAUUAUAUAGAUAGGUAUAGUACAGUACUUGUAGGCAAAUCCGUU